UUUGAACUCCAACUAACCAAGUAAAGUAACCAACCAACCCAUCUUCUCUCUCUCCCCCCGUUUGCUCAAACUCUGAUUCGUUUCUCAAUUUUCCCGCUGCCUCGGUACAUCGCUUUCUUCUUCCUCAUCAUUACUAUCUCAUUAUUGCAUCUCACUAACUCACUCUGUUCUUCCCAAUCCACAUUUUUUCAAACAACAGAAAUGUCUUCCAGUUUCAGAGGAAGAACAGCCACUUCCAGAGAAAUCAGUCCAGAAAGAACCAAAGUUUGGACCGAACCAAAACCCAAAACUCCCAGAAAAGUUUCCGUCGUUUACUAUCUCUCCCGUAACGGCCACCUCGAACACCCUCAUUUCAUGGAAGUCCCUCUCUCCGAUCCUCACGGUCUCUACCUCAAAGAUGUAAUCAUUCGCUUGAACCUUCUCCGUGGGAAAGCCAUGGCUACUAUGUACUCAUGGUCCUCUAAACGGAGUUACAAAAACGGUUUCGUUUGGCAUGAUUUAUCUGAGAAUGAUUUCAUCUACCCAACGCAAGGGCAAGAUUACGUUCUCAAAGGAUCUGAGAUUCUCGAUCACGUAACCACCGUACAAACACCGCCGGAAGAAGAAUCUGAUUCUCCGGUGGUGAUUACGAGGCGGCGUAAUCAGUCGUGGAGUUCGAUUGACUUAAACGAGUACCGAGUUUAUAAGUCUGAGUCGUUAGGUGACUCGGUUGGAAAUGUCGCCACUAACGCGUCGACUCAGACGGAGGAUAAACGGAGACGGAGGAGAGUUGUGAAGGAAAAUGAAGAAGAAGAGAAAGAGAAGAAUGAAAUUGAAAACGAUGAAAUUCAGAGUACGGAACUGAGUAGGGAAGAGAUCUCGCCUCCACCGUCGGAUUCAAGUCCAGAAACAUUGGGAACAUUGAUGAAAGUAGAUGGACGGCUGGGAUUAAGAUCUUCGGUUCCUGUUAAGGAGAAUCCGACGGUUGAGAGUUGUCCAAGUGGAAGGAUGAGAGCUUCAUCGGUACUCUUGCAAUUGUUAUCGUGCGGUGCGGUGUCUUUCAAGGAGAGUAGUGGAAGUGGGGCUAGUUCAGGUGAAGAUCAACGGUUCUCGUUGGUUGGGCACUAUAAGUCUAGGUUGCCCCGCGGAGGAGGGAAUCAUGUGGGAAAAGAAGUGGGGACAUUGGUGGAAAUUCCUGAUUUGAAUAGGGUAAGAUUGGAAGAUAAAGAGUAUUUUAGUGGAAGCUUGAUUGAAACCAAAAAAGUUGAAGCUCCUGCAUUCAAAAGGUCCUCUUCGUACAAUGCAGAUAGCGGUUCCCGGAUGCAAAUCAUGGAACAUGAAGGCGAUAUGGUGCGGGCAAAAUGCAUACCAAGGAAGUCGAAGACACUACCAACAAAGAAAGAAGAGGGUACUUCCAGUAGCAUGGACAAUGUUAGCCGUAGUCAACAUGGAAGCAAAAGAUUUGAGGGACAGCAUGGAAGUUUGUAGCUUAUUACUACUGAGAAGAGCUAAAAGAAGUUAAAUUAGAGUUAUGUAUAAUAUUGACAGAGAUAAGAUAGGGUAAGUACUAAUUAAGUAGGGGUAGUGUUUGUUUCCACCUAGAGCUUUUGAAAUUUGCAAGUCACAGACACAGCACAGCACUAUGGACAGAUUAAGUUAAGCAAGGAUUAGCAAUGUGAUUAAAAUACUAGCUUGUAGAUCUUGUCCAUUUUGAUCUUUAGGGUUUGGCCAAAAGUCAAUUGUGCUUGUAACAACUGUUUUCUGUUUCCUUUCCUGGCUUUUUGUGGCGGUGA